UGUCAGGAUGUGGAUGAGAAGCAAGGAGCGAUGGCGUGCGCGUUGCUCCAAUACGUUUCUCCCAGCUUCUCUACGGCAAGAAAUCGAUGCGCCGAGGCGGCGGCGUCGCCAGCGUCGCCAGCGUCGAUUCAGGUAAGCACUGAUGGAAAGUCCAGCGGCAUUCCUCACAGGCAGCUCCAUUUGUCGACAGCGAGGAAGCUCGCUAGAUCCGAGAGCUUGCAGCAGGACGUGCUCGACCUCCUCGGGCUCCUCCAAUCAGGCAGUAAUAUCCGUGAGCGCCUCGAGCAAUGGCGAGGGACUCUCCAGCCCGCGGUGGUGUCUAGGGUAUUGCAGCGGCUCAAGGAUCCACAGACCGCCAUCGUCUUCUUCGUGUGGGCCGGGGAUAGGGGAUUCAAGCACAGCACGUUUACCAGGAACUGCUUCCUCCAGACUCUACUCGAGAAUGGCUCCAGCGAUCGCAUUCCAGCGAUGUUUGAGAGGAUGCUGGAUGCUGGCUAUGCCCCGGAUUCCUACACGUAUCAUCUCGUCAUCAAGAGCUUGUGCCAGAUGAACCAAAUUGACAAGGCUUUCACGAUGCUAGACAAGGCAAAAGUUCGAGGAUUCAAGCCAGAGGUCUCGGUUUACACGAUACUCACCAGAGCUUUUUGCAAAACUGGCCGGCUCAAGGACGCUCUAGAGAUCUUCCGGAACAUACCAUCGCCAGACGCCAUUGCUUACAACGCUAUCAUCCAUGGGCACUGCAGGAAGAAUGACUGCGAUGGAGCUCUUGAGUUUCUCAAAGAGAUGAACGAGAGGAAGGUGGCACCGGACGUUUUCACGUAUAACAUUCUCAUCGACGGGCUUUGCAAAGCGUCCAAGACCGACAAGGCGUCGGAGAUGCUCCAUGAAAUGGUGGACAGAGGAGUCACUCCCGAUACAGUGACUUUCAACUCUAUCAUGGACGGGCUCUGCAAGGCUGGAAAGUUUGAGCGUGCUCACAGCUUGCUGGCUGUGAUGGCCGAGAGGAACUGCCGUCCAAGUUGCUGCACUUACAACACACUCAUCAGCGGCCUGUGCAAGCAGCAAAACGUUGACAGGGCGAAAGAUCUGGUGGAUGAGUUCGUAAGCAGCGGAUUCGUUCCAGACGUGGUCACUUACUCCAUUCUCGCCGAUGGGCUGUGCAAGAGGGGAAGGAUCGACGAGGCCUUCGAGCUGGUGAAGGAGAUGUCUGGAAAAGGAUGCACUCCCAAUCUAGUGACUUACAACACUCUCAUAGACGGGCUUUGCAAGGCAAGCAAGACGGAGAAGGCUUACGAGCUACUGGAGAGUUUAGUCUCUUCGGGUUUCGUCCCGGACGUAGUGACUUACACGAUCAUUGUGGACGGGCUUUGCAAGGAAGGCAGGCUGGACAAAGCUCUGAAGAUGGUAGAAGGGAUGCUAAAGCGGGGUUGCACACCCAGCGUCAUCACUUACACAGCUCUCAUGGAAGGCUUGUGUAGGACAGGCCGGGUUGACGAGGCUCAUCACAUUUUCAAAGAGAUGGUGAGCAAGGACUGCACUGCAGAUGCUCUGGCUUAUGUGAGCCUAGUGAAUGGCUACUGCAAAUCAAGCAGGACGAAAGAAGCUCAGAAAGUCGUGGAUGGGAUCCGAGGCACGCCGUAUAUUGAUGUGUACAAUGCCUUGAUGGAUGGCUACUGCAAAGAAGGCCGGCUGGACGAGAUCCCCAACGUUUUCGAAGAUAUGGCCUGCCGAGGCUGCGUCCCGAACAUAAAGACUUACAACAUCGUCAUGGACGGGCUCUGCAAGCAUGGCAAAGUUGACGAGGCGUUUCCUUUCCUCGAGAGCAUGCACUCGGCCGGAUGUGUUCCGGACGUGGUCUCGUACAACAUCAUCAUCGACGGACUGUUCAAGGCGAGCAAGCCGAAAGAAGCUCGUCAAGUCUUGGACCAGAUGAUCCAAGCGGGCAUUCCACCUGACGCUGUCACGUACAACACUCUGAUGGCCCAGUUCUGCAAAGAAGAACGCUUUGACGACGCCGUGGGUAUCCUGAAAAACAUGAUCAAGGCAGGGGUGGAUCCAGACAACGUGACUUACAACACUCUGAUCAGUGGUCUCAGCCAGACGAACCGGCUGGGGGAUGCGUACGAGCUGAUGCACGAGAUGCUGAGAAACGGCUGCGUCGUGAGUGCCUGCACAACUUACAACACUAUCAUCGACAGGCUUUGCAAGGAGGGUUGUCUCAAGCAAGCGCUGCUUCUCAUGGACCACAUGACCGGCCACGGUGUGGAAGCCAACACAGUGACUUACAACAUCUUUAUCGACAGGCUCUGCAAGGAAGGAAGGCUGGACGAGGCCUCGUCGCUGCUGUCAGAGAUGGACACGCUCAGAGACGAAGUAAGCUACACGACGGUGAUAAUCGGCCUGUGCAAGGCCGAGCAGCUGGACAGAGCCAGCAAGCUGGCCAGGGAGAUGGUGGCAGUGAAAGGACUGUGCAUCACGUCGCACACUUUCAACCUCCUGAUCGACGCUUUCACCAAGACCAAGAGGCUGGACGAAGCUUUGACGUUACUGGGGCUAAUGGUCCAGCGGGGCUGCUCUCCGAGCGUCAUCACGUACAACAUGGUGAUAACUUGCCUGUGCAAGCUCGACAAAGUGGACAAGGCAUGGGAGCUGUUUGACGAGAUGGCAGUGCGCGGGAUCGUGGCUAGCUCGGUCUCGUACACUGUGCUCAUCUAUGGCCUGUGUGGCCAAGGCCGCGGGAAAGAAGCGCUCCAGGUGCUCGAGGAGAUGGCUUCCAGCGAUUGCGAGAUCGAUGAUCUCAAGUGUAGGAAGCUCUACUUGGCUUUGCGAGGACAGGGAAGGGGAGAAGAGGCAGCCGAGCUGUUAAGAAGGAUGACUACCAAAAUGGACUCUUUGUCACUGGAUUGACAUCCACAUCCAGGUUGACAGAGUUGCAAGAUGCGCUUCUUUCUCUUUUCACAUCGAGGUAAGAAGUUUACAGUGGAUUUUUUUUCUUUUCCUUUCCCUUGCUAAGGAGAGUAAAGUGAUCUAAGCUGGAUCAACAGCUAAAGAAGUGUAUUUACAGGGGAAGAUGUGGCCCCUCACUCGCAAUUUCAAACAACUUUUGGCCCGUGUUAUUCGUCAUUCCACUCGAGGUUCUCGUCAACUUGGUGCUCGGUGCCGUACGAAACAAACAAAGCCCACAAGGAAUUCGUUAGCGGACUCGCGAGCCUAUGCAACAAAGAAAUACCAGACCGGUUUCCUUUUGCUUUCAAGGAAUUGACUCCAGCCAUCCCCAAAGCUUUCAAGGCAAGGUGCGAAAGUACGAAUGAUCAAGCCAACUUGCAGGGAUUAUUUCUUCGUCCGCGCCCUCUAGCUAAAGAGACUGGACGAUUCAAAGGUGUUUAGAAAACGAUUCCCGGGGAAUUGUUUGUUUCUCGAGCACUCGCUAGUGCUCGAUAGUUCUCAUUAGGACAUGAUUCUCUCUCUCUCUCUCUCUCUCUCAUAAUGUUUUUUUCUCUGGGUUUCUGGUUAACAUGAACAGAGCGUAUGAUUGGCGUCAGCUAGAAAACAGUAGCACUCGUCGCCCAUCAUUUGGACACUGGAAAGAAAGGUGGCGAGAGAAUCUCCGGGAAUCUUAUAGAUAUUGUCUAUAAUUUAAUAACAAUAAUAAUAAUAAUAAUGUUUUAGUGGGAAUAUUUUAUAUUCCCCUGUGGCC